AUGCAGCGAGAUACUCUCAAUGAAUUCAGAGCUGGCCGAAAAAAUCUCAUUGUCGCCACUGACGUUCUCGAAGAAGGCAUUGACAUAAGCGCAUGCAGUUUAGUUGUUUGUUACAACAAGCCUGCAAACCUAAAGUCGUUUGUGCAGCGGCGUGGGAGGGCUCGUCAUAGAGAAUCUACAUAUGCUGUCAUGAUCUCAGAUGAAGAUGAGUUGUUGAGUCUUCACAAAUGGCAAGAACUAGAGAAAGCAAUGAUUAAAGCGUACCAAGAUGAUGAGCGACAGCACCAGGAAGCUUAUGAAAUCGAAGCAACUGAAGAGCGAGUGAAAGAAAGACUCUGGGUUGAAAAGACGAAGUAUUGA